GAACCACCUCAUCAUGUACAAUGUGAAUGCACGCUUAUCAGUCGUGGGCAUGACGGUUUUUUUCUAAAGGAAUACCCAGAAGAGCUAACAUCACCAUGACAUGAAUGGAAAGUUAUUCUUGCCAACUUUUAAUUUGUAAGUGAUUGCAGCGUGGAGACAUUAAAAAUGGGAAUUUCUCUUAAUGAUGUUCUUAUAAAUGGACGUGAACCCCAGUUAUCCUUUGGAAAUCGUUGCAUCUUUGCAUAAAAGCGCGCAGCAUGAGGGACCCGUGCCUAAACUUCACCCCAAAACUUCACUUUACGAUCUUGUGAUCGCUGUCCAGAGAGAGGUAACCUAAUCGAUGAAUCUCCAUGUGGAUAAGGUGCUUCUGGCCGUUAUAUGUGUACUCUAAUGACAGAGUGCCUGCUCGCGGGUGCAGGAUGAAGGUGUGUAACCGCGGACCGCAGAUGCUCGUCACCACGGCGGGGGCUUUCACGGCCUUCAGCCUGAUGACCAUCGCUGUGGGCACGGACUACUGGUUAUACUCGCGUGGGGUCUGCCGGACCAAAAGUGUCAAUGACAAUGACACAAACAGAAAGAACGAAGAGGUGCUCACACAUUCAGGUCUCUGGCGACAAUGCUGCAUGGAAGGCACAUUUAUAGGGGUUUGUAAGAACAUUGAUCAUUUCCUAGAGGAUGCAGAUUAUGAACAAGAUGCUGCAGAAUAUCUACUGCGUGCGGUGCGUGCAUCUAGUCUUUUCCCUAUAUUGAGUGUGGGACUACUGUUCAUUGGUGGAGUUUGUGUAGCUGCCAGUGAGUUCUACAAGAGCCGACAUAACAUCAUCCUGAGUGCAGGCAUCUUUUUUGUCUCAGCUGGUCUCAGUAACAUCAUUGGCAUUAUCGUGUACAUCUCGUCCAACGCUGGCGACCCCAACCAGAGCGAAUCCAAGCGCAGUCACUGGUACGGCUGGAGCUUCUACUGCGGCGCUCUGUCCUUCAUCAUAGCAGAGACGGUUGGCGUCUUGACCGUUCACCUUUUCAUCGACACGCACCGUGUGUUGAGAGCGCAAUCCAAUCGCUCGCUCCGGCCCAGCACACAUUCAUCCCUGCAGCAUCGCCGUUCUACCAGCUACCGCUCCCGUUACCGCUGGAAACAGGGUCAAAAUCGUUCGUCUGACACCCGAUCGCGCGAGCCCUCCCCCACACGUUAUGGGAACGACCUUGGGCUGUAUACACUUGGCCGUGGACUUCCACCUAAAGCAACUCACACACUAGCGCACAACUCAGUCAACUCGGCCGGUGGCUUUGCGCAUUUUCAUAACUCUGUCAUCGCUAAUAACAGCUUUGCGAAUCCUCGUGUUUGCUCAGUGAAAUCCGAAAGAGGGCUUCCACACGUACAGAACUCUUUGUGCUCAGAGAAAGGGAUUGCAUUUGCAAAUGCACACAGGGAAAAUUCAGUCAAGCCAGAAAAUGGAGUUGUGCUGUCACAGAACUUUAAGCAAAACUCAGUAAAUCCUAGUAAAUUUCCAGUGCAUGCACAGAAUUCUGUGAGUGACAUUGCGCACACGCAAAGCGUCCUAAGCAGCACUGCAACAAGGAGAACUACUCCAGUGUGAAAAUCUACAAGCUGUUAUAUGAAUAUGAAAUGAAAUAUACUUAAUGGAAGGUGUCACAAGCAACUAUGUGAAGAUCAGCUAGUUCGUUCACUUAAUAUGUGCAUAUGCACUAAAUGAAUGGAAUGGCUGUAAAAAAUUGUGCUGCUUUCUGCGCGGUCUCUAAGUAUAAUUAAAGGGCUUGCUCACACCAAGUGACAAUGAUUUUCCUGUGAACUAUCCCUUUAAAAGAAGAUAUGCAGUCUUGUCCUUGGAACUAUUAAGAUGCAAUAUAAAGGCCACAUAAGGACAAGCAAAUUGCUAUUUUGUGCUAUUUGAUCAUCACGUCCUCCCCAAAUUAUUCAAAAUACAAUGUAUGAUAUUCAUGUCAGGUUUCCUUUUAGUCACACAUCUGCAAUCAAGCACAAAAGUUCUUAAAACUGUAAUG